UCAUCACUCAGUUCAAGCCAGUUAGUUAGUAGUCGCGAAGGUGUCGAGUAUCAUCGUUAAGACGGUUUUGCGUUGUGCAAAGUGGUGACCCCGUCGGAACUUUACAACCAUCAGGCUUCCCGCACCCCUUUCAAUAGGUCUGGCUGACUGAUGUCGUGAAAAACGGUCCAAAUCGGAUUCAGAUUCCGUCCGGGUGUGCCUUGAUUUCUUGUUUCUGUGGAUUUUCAGUGCCGUAUUGUGAAACGAAGAAGUUGAACAAAAAAGGUGUGCGGAAAAAGAAAAGCAGAGCAGAAGUGCGAUCCAAAGUGGAUAACGAGAAAGAGUUUGUGUCAGUUUUUCCAUCUGCUCGUGUGAUUGAGUAUAAUGGCGAUGGUGAAUGGUGCUAUGCUGAAAAGUGCACUUUUUCUGCUGAUUUUGCUGGCCGAUUGCCGUGUGAACUAUGCAGAAGAUUCUUCGGUGCCAUUGCGUGUGCGGCGCUCAAAACCAUCAGACCCACCGACAAAAUCGUCCGGUGAAUUGGAAACGCUGGAUAGUGUACAGAUGUUUGGCCACAAGCCACCAAUUAGUGAGAACAAAACCAGCGUAGCGAAACAGAAACUGAUGAACGAAAAUCUCACCGGUAAGAAACCACUGAAUUUGAACAGUUCGACUGUGUACACCGACCAUCUGUUGGGAUACAACGGGACGGGUCAGCGGAGAGAAUUCUCUAUUGUGUCCAUCAAACCGGGUGCAGAGCCUACGACAGUUUCGACGCCUUCCGGCGGCAGUGCAAUCAAUGUGUCUGUAGAAGCCAAGAGUGGUCUUGGGGUGGCUAAGUUAGGCGGCAGUACCUCAACGGUUGACCCUUUAAGUGAUGCCAUCAAUAUCGACACGGUGGAGAGAAGCGAGGCUGAUCUGAAUACAACUCUGCAGAAUCAUAACAUCACCUACACACAGGAGGACUACCACACAUACUACAACAGCGUUUGGACGACUGAUAAGAGUGCGAGCGAUGCGUACUGGAACCGAUUGGAUAACAUGAACGUGAGCAGUUUGCUGUCCAAUUCGCACCGGAGAGCCACGACCGUCCUGCUGUCGUUUGAUUUUCCUUACUACGGAUAUCCAAUCCGGAACAUCACGAUUGCUACCGGAGGAUUUCUCUACACCGGUGACUACGUCCAUUCAUGGCUGGCAUCGACACAGUACAUUGCUCCCCUAAUGGCAAACUUUGACACAAGCUUGUCAAAUUAUUCGUUUGUCAAAUUCCGUGACGAUGGUGAAACCUUCACGGUGGUGUGGGAGAAUGUUUCACUACAAGAUCGCCCUGAGAAUGGUUCGUUCAUGUUCAGCGCUACGCUUAACAAAUCCGGCGAUAUCGUGUUCGCCUAUAAAAUCAUUCCGAUAGACAUCCAGCAAAUCUACGACGAUAAACAUCCGGUCAAGGUGGGCCUGUCUGAUGCGUACAUCAUCGAUAAGACCAUUUUCCGUACGAAGCAGAAAACGAUCUACGAGUAUCACAGGGUUAACUUUGGGCGCUCGAAAGUGCAGAACAAUACACUGAUAACAUUGUACGCACAACCAACGUGCUUCAGCUUCAAGGAUUGUCAGUCAUGCAUGAUACACGAGGGAGCUGAGUUUAAGUGUAUUUGGUGUCCCACGCUUAACCGAUGCUCCACUGGAGUCGAUCGCAAGAGACAAGACUGGAUCCAGAAAGGUUGCGAUAAAACUCAAAUCAUGGACAUUACCGUGUGUCCUGCACUGGGCCAGAAGGGCAACAACUACGGGGAACCGGUGGAAAUAAGCACCGAGGGUAGCGAAGCAAACGGAACCUACCGACAUGAAACCGAGAUUCAGUUGUCAAAGAACGUAAACAACAAAAGCGGAACGAGCGGGGACGACGGUGUGAACAAGGUUCCAGCCUUCCAUGUAGCCAUGGAACAGCACUCGUCCAGUAGCAGUUUACUCGUGUCGAUGAUGGUCAUCUGCGGCAUUCUACUGAGCUGUGGGUGCUGGGUACUGUACGCAUACCGAAAUCCACAUACCAAGAGCGGUCAGCUGCUCAUCAGAUACCGUCCGAACAAAUGGUCUUGGCGGCGAGGUGAAGCACGCUACACGGCCGCCACGAUUCACAUGUGAGACCAACAUCUACAGCACCAUCCCCAGCAUCCCGAGUACCAUCGACCGAUGCUGCACCUGGUCGGCAAUGAGGAGGAACGGCUGCUCAAUUAUCUGUACCAGCUGGAAGACGGAGGAGGCGGUUAUUCCACCUCAUGUGGCCUAAUGGAGGUGACCGACUAUACCUUUACAACGGAACUGGGUGACUGAACGAUGAAGGAAGAAAGCUAGAGCUUAAACGGUGUGUUUAUUUGAAUGAAUGAGAGCGAGAAAGACCGCGUGUGCAAUAAGUAAGCGUGAGCUUCUUUGUUAUGUUUCUUUUAAAUUCUACUCAGAGAAGAAUACUUAAUCCCCUUCAACAUAUGAUGUCCGACAAAUUGUUGAAACAAGGGGCACGUCCAGGGGUGAGCCCAAAUUAAUUUUCCUUAACAUCACAGAAUUGCAAUUAGUUUUUUUUCGUUUUAAUAUCUUUCGCCUCUAACAGUUAUAGUGAUAUUUACACCUAUAAUUUAGCAAAAAAUCUGUCCAGUUAUAUCGGUAAGAUAGAAUUGUAAUUGUUUCCCUUCUUACAUUUAAUUUUAUUACUCGAUGUUUAUUAUUGAAAAUUAUGAUUUGAAAGUUUUACUGUUCUUACAAAAAAUAUCGACCUUGUUUCUACCUUAUUCAACUAUCAAGCACUUUCGCCUAGCACGCAUAGUUCUAAAAGCUUAUAGAGUAUAUACAAAAAAACAGAAACGAUGUAUUUCACUUUGUGUUGUUGAACGAAAGGAAAAAAAGUCGAGCAUAAUAAAAGAUGUGAUACCAAUUCAUUUUUUUAAAGACAUUUAAAAGUGUAAUCUUAAUUUCGGCACAAAAUCGGCUUAAUUCUCUAAUAUUUAUUUUCAGAACUGUACUACAUGAAUAUUCCGCGAAAACUGCUAUCACGGAACUGUAUUUAUUUACCCUGUAUUUUUGAUAUAUGCCCGUUCAAGCGCGAUUUGGCCUAUGUUAAGCCGUACCGAACUGAGCGCCAAUAAUUUUUUUCAAUUAAAAAUUAUUUUUCAACUAUUGAUCAUUUUCAUCUAGAAGUUCCUUAUUUGCUUUUAUUUACUACUGGCAUUGUCAAAAAUAAAUCGAUGUACAUGUUUACAAUGUAAUAUUGAAUACAAUGGAAUAUUGCAGUAUUGAAUGCGAUAUCUCAAAACGGCACUUGACCCUUUACAGCUUAACACAGGCCAUUUUGUCAAUAGAGAAACACAUAGAUGAUAAAUAGAAUCCUAAACUGUUUUCUAGAUGAUUAGACACUUGUGCAAACAAAGAUAAAGUUGAUAGAUAGUAUAAUCAUAAAUAAUGGCAAGUCAACACAAGCGCAGAGAUGAUUUAGAUGUUUGAGGUCAUUGGGUUGGUGGAGACUGUGUGAUACUUCAACUUCAGACUAAUUUAUUUUAAACCAUAUGUUGGCUUGUGUUAAAUUUUUGUUUUUUUAGUUUGUAUUUUAAAAUAUACUUUGAAUACGUUGCGUUUGUUGACCAAGCAAAAUUCAAAUUAAUAUUAGCAGCAAUUGUUUGGCAUAAGUAAUUAUAGGGUAGUUGAUCAUUUGGCAUAAAAUGCUUAAAAUUCAAUACAUUGGAGGUCUUUUGGCAUAACGGUUGUUUGGUAUAAAAUAUCAAAUGAUUCGGUCAUAUUCAAAUGUUUAAGUAAACCGAGCAAUCGUGUGAAUCGCAUGUUAAAUGCUGUAGAAUCCCCCAAGCGACUGAUCAAAAUGUGUAGGGUAACUUGGCCACUUCAGACCUAGCAACCUGGACAUUUUCUUUAGAAUGGUUUUUUGCUAUCUCGCACCAGAUUGUAUCUAUGGAAAAAUGUCAGAAUUGAAUCACACUCCAACACCGUACAAGCGAAAAGAGUUGAUAGUCUCACCCAAAGCAAGAUAUGUGUGUUUGCUUGUUUUCGACCAAGUUAGUGCAAUCUACUUAUCCCUCUUCGUAAAGGAGAUAUAACUAGAGACCCCAUUGUUUUGAUUUUCGAACGAACUUGCGGUGGCACCUAAAGCGCUAUCUUGUGGCGAAUGGGCGUGCAAAUGCGUCCAUAAAAAAAACAGAUGACAAUCCCUGCUCAUUUCACCCAUCCACAGUUAGGUAUUGAUAAAUGCGCACGGUAUGUUGAUUCUAGUACACCCAUAUGCCACCGUAUCUGAAGAAUCGCACUGAUUCAGUGUAACUGGUGAUUCGUUACAAUGGGGUCUCUAGAUCAUCAUUUCUUUAUGUCCUCUUGUAGUUGAAUUAGUGAGCACUGCUAUAUUCUGGUUGUAGUUGUCAUUCUGAGGAAACACGUUUUUCGUAGCGGAAAAAGUGUGGUCACAGAAUUAGCACACUUGAAGUUUUUUUUGUCUAUUUGCCGAAUAAACUAAAAAUACAAAACAAACCUUGUGUAGGUAUUAACAAAAGGCAAGCUUUAAAAUGCUAUAUUUCUGAACAAAAUCUGAAUAAAAUGUUUUAUGGAUGGGUAAAAACGCAUCAUGUUCUUCCAUCAAUUUUGUCGACUGAAAUCAAAAACCUCGUUGAUCGACAUUAUGGCCUGUCAGUGAAUAGAAAAACCGUACGAAUAUGACGUCUGAAGAUCGUUUGAUCGUCAUUAUUGCACAACAUAGACCGCUUAUUUCCAAAAACAAUUCGACAGCUAGAGUAAACUUUGCUGUGUUGUACGGAAAAAACGUCUGCAACUUUUGGAACAAAAUAUUUUUAGGAGCGAUGAGUCGAAAUUCAUUCGAUUUGGGUCACACGGAAAAUGUUAGGUUUAAUUUCCAUUAUUACACGGGUGCGUUUCGACUUCGUCUCAUCAGAAACCUACACUAACUUUUCGUCGGAAUAGAUUAGCGCCGGCUUGACGCAAAUCCCUAAAAACUAAAACACGUUUUGUGUUUCAAUCGAACGACUGAUCAAACGUGAUGUCCCGUCCGAGCAGAAGUUCUGUUUAUGCCGAUAAGACACAGUGAAGCCGAAACAUAGCAUAGCAUAGUUUAAUUUCCAGCAGAGAGGUAUAAGUACCAUAAAAUCAGUAAAACACGGUGGCGGUUGUAUUAUGCCUGAUUUUUCAUGGCAUGGUAGGGAGCCAAUCGAGAAUAUUGAUGGCAGAAUGGAUCAUUACAAGCAAAUAUUGUAGGAUCAUAUGGAACAUUUUGCCGGUCUAUGUGGUGAACAUUUAUGCAUUAUAAUGGCCCUACAAAUACAUCUCGGUUCGUUAAACAGGGUUAAACGGUUCGUUAUCAGAUGGUUAAUAUUCAUUAAUGGCCUGCAACCAUGCCUAUCUAAUUAGGUUUUACACAAUCCGACAUAACCCUACAAAAGGAGCCGGAUGAACUUGGUUUGACAAUUCUCGGUGUUUUGUUUACAUGAGAGUUACGUGAGCACCCGUUGCAGUUGCACUCACGGAACUGACAAAGUAAACAAACCACCGAGAAUUGUCAAACAUGAACUUCAUUCAUCGUGAGUUUAUUCGUGUCGUCGUCUUGUAGAACUCAAUAGAAAAUCUGUGGAACGACGUGGAAAACACGUCAAAGCGAAAAAAUCCAAGAAUCAGUAUGAUCUCUGGAUCUCAGAGAUUCUAAAUGAUCAUGGUAUGACGUUCGAGAGCUAUUAAUUCUAAUGUAGUGAUAUCGUAAGCUGGUUGAAAGCGUCCCCCAUUGUCUAGAGAUUGCUUUCAAACAAACAUUUUUCCUGACUAAAUCUUAAGUAGCUAUGAACCAAUAUUCUUGAUCUAGAUAAAAAUUAACAGUUUUUAAAUAUGUGCUAAAUCCGUGUCCGCCCCAUUUAACUUCCUUGUUAAUUUUAUUCAUAUAACUGAAAAUUGCGUCUUAUACCAUACUAUAUGACAGUACACUACACUUCCCCGUUAUCGCAAAUAAGUCCCAUAAAGAUAGGAAAUACCACAGAAAACGGAACAAAUGUGUGAUCAUGGGCAGUACGUGUCUUGAAAGAAUUAGUUAAUGAUCUAUUUGAUUUUAUUACGUUAUCCCGAUCAGAAACACAUAACAGAAAUAUUUCAAAACUAUAUUUCGCAUUGUUACAUGUUGUUGGGAAUAUGAGUGUGCUAAUUCUGGGUCCACUGUACAUGCCAUUCAAGUGAUGCGAUCGUAUUUAACUGGAAGAACGCAAUUUGCAUCGUGCAGAGGUAUGACUUCAACAAAUGUACCGAUUACCUCGGGCAUCCCGCAAGGCUCAAUCAUUGGGCCCAGAGUUAAAAAUAAUCGAAGCUCUUUUUUGACGGCUGAAAAUGAACCUGACGCGACUCGCGGUGAAUGGAAAAAAUAUUCAAAUAUCCAUCCUCAUUCAUUCAGUUGAAUAUCGUACAAUAUAUUCAUUUCAUUAAUUAUCUAGCAAAAUGUUUUCAAAUGCCGGUAAGACAUAUGAAACAAUAAUCAUCAUCGCUUACAUUGUGCUAGGGCCUACUUUGAUGCGUUUGAUUCGUUGCUGCACGGUCGCUUCGUGUAAUAAUCGGAGACGAAUGAAAAUCUGUAUGGAUGAAUGGGCGGUUUGUUCGUUUGACGUUUUCAGCUGCGUCACUGAAUAUUGAAAAUGAAUGCGGCUGAAUACAAGAGGGUGACACGACGUCAUAUUAUGGUAGUCAACAUAAGAAUACUCUCUGUAACAAAAUGACCGAAAUUUGUACUAAAUAGGGACGAGGAGCACUUUAGUUGGCAUCAAAUCAGCGAAAGUGGUCAUUGUUUUCUUUUGUUAACUGCUACUGCUGCUUGCUGAUGACAUUUCAAGCGAUUUUGACGUUGUCAAACUGAACCCCAUCGAUCGGUGGAAAAACGAUGUUGCCUAUUGUCAAACUCUGUAUGUAGAGAUAGGGAAGUCAGAUACCUGGCUCAAUAUGAUCAAUUUUCAUUCAAUGAAUUUGAAUAUUUUUAACUCUGCUUGGGCCGAUUCUUCUCGCGGUGUACAUUGAUGAGCUUGGUGUUUUAAAGAACUGCGUUAUCCAGAUGUUUGCCGACGAUGUCCAACUGAUUUGCAUACAACCGGGAAUGAUGCUAACGGAACUCUUUGCACUACUGAUGGAAGAUGUUGUAGUGCGAUGGACCAAGGAAAACUCAUUACACCUCAAUAUUUCGAAGACUAAAAUUAUUUCAUUUGGUGCAAAUCGCCGACACACUAUCACUAUCUGAAAUGGUUUUCGAGCAAAGUCGCAUCAAGGUCGCUGAUCAUGCUGACGACCUUGGACUCAUUCAGAUGAAUCUUGGAUGCGACAAAACUAUUGCGGUGCAGUGUGGAAAGGUAUAUGCUUGUCUGCGUACUCUAAAAUGAACAACCUUUGAUUUGCCUGAACACAUCAAAUUUAAUCUCUUCAAAACCCUUGUUCUACUGCAUUUUAAAAACUAGCGCAAAACUAAAUUAAAUUAAAUAGGACUGCAGCUUACAGUUUAGGGAAUCUUGGUCCGUCCCGCGAAUCAAAAUUUGCAAAUUCGGACGAAGUGGCGACUAUCUGCCAAGUAAACACCAGUCCUCCAGAAGAGGAUUAAAUUUUGCGCCUGUUUGUCUUGAAGUGUAUUACGCCAAGUCCUCUAUUUUGUUUAGGCCAAUGUAUCAUGCUCCAACAACGCGUGCUAAGUCGUCAAUGACGCAAUUAAAACUUCACAUUGAUUUCGCUUCUGUCUCCUUCCAGAUCUGUUCUAGUGUGUAUAAUUGAUUGUUUUGUUCAAAAAUCAAAAAUAAUUUAAAGUUUUAAUAUGUUACAACUAAGUCACAGACUUGUAAAUACUUGUUUCGCCAGUUUAACAAAUAUCCUAGAUCACUAUACUGACAUAUCCCAGUAAAUUGCGACAGUCACUUGGAUAUCAAUUAUGUAGUCCACUGUCAAAACUUAGGCACUAAACGGAAUAACAACAAAACACCCUCUGAUGGUAACAUCAUAGCCGCCUUCGGAUUUGUCGUGAAUUUUUUAGUCAACUUUUACGCUAGGAGUGGACGUCUGUUAUCUGUGCCUAAGUUAAUGUUGCUUCUCAGUUUUGCACGAACUGGAGGUAACUUGGCCUUAAUCCCACUGCUCUGUCAAGGAUGUUAUGUGAUAUUCGUUAUGGAAUAUUGUUUGCAUGUCUCGAAUAAAAGCAAAAUAGUCCAAAAUACACUUCUCCAAGCAUAUUGCAAAUUGUUGUUGAUUUUAUGAUCCCCGCUCUAGUGCUACGUCUCAAAUUCAUUAUUAGUUUUAUCUCGGUAAUUUAUGUUACAUCAUGCUCUUUUCCAACUGUCAACGCGACAUCAUUUAUGAACGGUUUCUUGGUGAUAUAUUUAGAGCAGACAAUCCAAUGAAAAAUGGGAUAGCACCUUUAUGUUUGUUAUACAUACUAAGAAUAUCAACUCAUGUGAUGUGAUGGCCGGAAGAUUAGAGAAGCAAUCCCCCUCUCCCUUCCCUCCGAGGCAUCUAUGCAAGAAACAUUCGGAUAUAAUGUGACUUUGUGGUGAUUAUCAUGUUUUAAACUAAACAGCAAAUAGAAGUAUACCAAUUUGAAUUUUAAAACAAAACUAAAAAAUCUGUAUUCUCGGGUUAUAACUGUUUCAGUUCCAGUACCACACUGGAACUCCUAUAUAAAAUAAAACGCUGCAGAACAUGCAUUAAGGGGGCGUCUGGUGUAGUGGGCAAAAUAAUCGACUUUUUUAUCCGCUUAAUUUUUAGUAUUGAACCUCUAGAAUAGUCUCUCGCAAUCUCUGUGGCUACGCUGAACUUUUUUGUUUUAAACAGACAUAAAUUCCUCGCGCGUAUUUGCUAUAACACACAUAUAGAUUUCAAUCUAUCGGUAACAAUUUUCGAAAAACUGACAGCGAUAAAAAUACAGUGUAAACAAUACACUCUAAACUACUUCUACCCAAAUUUUCAAGAGAAAAUAUCGAAUGGGUCAUUCUCUACUGUGUUUUUUUCCGUGAUGCAAUUUGAUGUGAUGAAACCUUUAAUAGCGUUUUUCUCGAACGAAUUGACAUAAUUUUUUCUGAGAAUGUAUAAUAUGAUGAACUACAGAAAACUGAAAAAAAAAUUCUCAUUAUUUUGAAGACAAGUAAAAUAUGAGAUUUUUCGGUUUUCAUUCCCGAAACUCGAUUUUUUUUCGAUAUUUUGUGGUUCAUCUACCAACUACAAGUCUAAGCUUUACAAAAUUUAUUGAAUUUCCCAUAUCAGACAAUUUUAUCGAGAGUUAUCGUGUUCGCCGCGGCGCUCCUCGACUUGGAAAUGGUUGGACGUCUACUCUUGGAACGCUCGUAUAUGUUCCGCGUGACUGAAAAUAUUUUUUUUGUGCACAAUAAAUGUAUAAAUAAAUCUGAAGAUUACCAAAAAGAUCCAUUGUUACCUUGCUUUCAAAAUCGUGCACCAAAAUAACCUUCGGUUUCAGCACUUAACACUCAGACGCCCCCCUUAAGUUCAUUUUGAUGAACUACUCUCCCUCCAUCCCUCCAAGAAAUAAGCGCUCGACCCCAUGACUCCGAAUCAAUCUAACAUUGACUGCAAUUUUGUUGACUAUUUUUAAGAAAACGCACUUGAAAUAAAAUUAAAACAUCAUCACUUGAACAGGAGCAACACAACCAUCGCUUGUUGUCAAAGAACAACAUGUUCACAGCUUAACCGCUAACAUCUAUGUAGCUACUGAUAAUCGCACACAAAAUAGGGCCGGGUACCAAACUGCCGCCUCAUUAUAGUUGUAACACUACUCUCCCAACAAGUCCAGAAUGAAGUACCUCAAUGAAAAUCGAAUCUACGAACUAAAUCUGAAUGAUACUCAAAUAACAUAAUAAUGAAAAAUAGUGGGUCAAAGUCAUUGCGAUUGUCCAUAUUGUUCAAAUUUUGCAAGGUCAAACCGAAACUAAUGUUAAACCAGCAUCAUAAUAUGGUUUUGAUGCAGGGUUCAAAUCUCCGAUCAACAUGGGGAACGUGCCAUUUGAACCAAUCUACUGAUUCCUGAAGCGAUGAACGCACUUGGGACAAAACAAAGAAUGACCUUAUCAAUUGGACAAAUACGAAAGGUCUGUGUCUCUGAGUACGAGAUCGUGGAUCGGCUCAAAUCGAAUUAGUUUUGGUGAUGUACUACCGACGAACCGAUGUGCCACAUACAUGUUGUCUUAAUAGUUUAAACUAAAGAUUAGCGGCAUCUGUUUGAUUAUUUGCGUAGUAGUAGUACCAGGUAUGCCAGAAUGGACAAAUUUUCUUUUAUCCAUCAUAUAAAGAUCGUUUACGCAGCUUUUCAUUCUCUUUUGUAUGCACUAUUUUACAAUAGUUUUAGUUAAAAGAAAAAAAAUAUCAUGAUACAUGCAUUUUCAGUGAAUUCUAAAUACUAUUUUGAUACAGCUGAGGGGAAUGCACACCUUCUAUAAUAUCAAUAUUCUCAUCGAGAAGCAUACUCUGAAUCCAACAUGGCGGAUCGUUUCAUUUCAACAUUAUCGUUAUUUUGUAUGGGACAAUUUUGGGAUCUUCUGUCACUUUGGUUCGUCUGUGGUUAUACUCGACUAUACUUCAUACUGGACGGCUCAACCAUCAACAAGCUUCUGAUGCUUUAAAACAGAUUGUAACGAUGCAGUUUAGGUGAUAUAGAAACGCACUGAUGGCACUUUUGUUAGCUCUUUUAACGAUAUAUAUUAAACAAAGUAACAGCGAAAUAAACACUAAUCAUGUGAUUUACUCAUUUUAAA